AUGACCCCUCCGUCUUACAAUAAGUUUGGCUCCCAGUCGUCGGCUUCUGGCCGCUCGAGAACCAAUUCCGAUGCUAUGGACAUCCACGUCAUAACGGAUCGGGACUUGGAUGCACGAGAACAUAAUCCUGGCUACAGCAAUUGGACGAACAAUGGUUCCCCAUCGAUAUACACCAAGAGUCCAGAAAAGCAGUACUAUGAAGAAAAUGGACGGCUGUACCAUGCGUAUCGAAAAGGAGUCUAUAUGCUACCAUGCGAUGACGAGGAGCAGGAUCGCCUCGAUCUUUUCCACAAGUUGUUCACCGAGGCGAGGGUAUCUGAUGGUCUGAUUUACGCACCUCACCCGAGAAACGGUCGAUUCUUGGAUUUGGGAUGUGGGACAGGGAUCUGGGCAAUUGACGUGGCCAACAAAUACCCCGAUGCUUUCGUUGUCGGGGUAGAUCUUGCUCCGAUCCAGCCCCCAAACCACCCCAAGAACUGCGAAUUUUACGCUCCUUUCGAUUACGAAAGCCCCUGGGCGAUGGGUGAAGACUCCUGGGACUUGAUCCACCUCCAAAUGGGCUGCGGAAGCGUAUCGAUUUCGAACCCCGUUGUGACGACCGAUCCUUGGGACGGACUGGCGCUUCGCGAAUGGUACCAAUACUUGAAACGAGCAACCCAGGAGACCAUGCGACCAAUCGCCCACAACUCCCGGGAAACCAUCAAAGAUUUGCAGGACGCCGGCUUCACUGAGAUCGAUCAUCAGAUGGUUGGAUUGCCCUUGAAUCCUUGGCACCAGGACGAGCACGAGAAAAUGGUCGCACGUUGGUACCAUCUCGCCAUUACGGAGAGUAUCGAAACCCUCAGUCUGGCCCCGUUUAGCCGGGUUUUCGGUUGGGAUAGGGAAAAAAUCCGGCGUAUCGCGUCUGAGGUCAGGUCGGAGGCUUUCAACAAGGACAUCCAUGCCUAUAACAUUUUACAUAUCUACCAAGCUCGGAAGCCUCCUGUCAACUGA